UCACUAAAUUGAUAACCUAACUUUACAAUCCUACAUUAUUUUUUAAAUAAUAAUUAAGUACAAAUAUACAAGAAAGAUAAUCUAUAUGCCUUAAAUCGAAAUGAUAUUUGUGUCGUAGUAGUCUUUUAGUAUAUACUUUUUGUGUAGGAUUAUACUAAUUUAGUUUUGUUUUAACAUUGUUAAAAAUUUUGGUCUUGUACCAUGGGUAUUUUAGAAAAGAUAUCUGAAAUUGAGAAAGAAAUAGCAAGGACUCAGAAGAAUAAAGCAACUGAAUAUCAUUUGGGUUUAUUAAAAGCUAAAUUAGCUAAAUAUAGAUCCCAGUUACUUGAACCAUCUAAAAAAGGAGGUGAUAAAGGGGAGGGUUUUGAUGUGCUCAAAUCAGGUGAUGCCCGAGUCGCUCUUAUAGGAUUCCCAUCAGUUGGUAAGUCAACCCUCUUGUCCACGUUGACGCACACGCACUCAGAAGCUGCUAGUUAUGAGUUCACAACGUUGACAUGUAUUCCUGGAGUUAUUGAAUACCGCGGUGCAAAUAUACAACUGCUCGACUUGCCUGGUAUCAUCGAAGGUGCCGCUCAGGGCAAGGGUAGAGGGCGACAGGUGAUAGCGGUCGCCCGUACAGCGGACUUGGUGCUGAUGAUGUUGGAUGCGACCAAACCGUACGUGCAUCGGCAGCUGUUGGAGCGAGAGCUGGAAAGUGUGGGCAUCAGACUGAAUAAGAACAAGCCCAAUAUAUACUUUAAGAUUAAGAAAGGCGGCGGACUGUCCUUUAACUCAACGUGUCAACUCACUAAAGUAGAUGAGAAAAUGGUGCAGAUGAUACUGCACGAGUAUAAAAUAUUCAAUGCUGAGGUGCUAUUCCGCGAGGACUGCACUCCGGACGAGCUGAUCGACGUGAUCCUCGGCAACCGCGUGUACCUGCCGUGCCUCUACGUGUACAACAAAAUCGAUCAGAUCUCCAUACAGGAGGUCGACCGGAUAGCGCGCCAGGCGCACUCCGUCGUCGUCAGUUGUAACAUGAAGCUGAACUUAGACUACCUCCUGGAGACCCUCUGGGAAUAUUUAUCUCUUAUCAGAGUUUACACCAAGAAGCCCGGUCAACCUCCAGAUUUUGACGAUGGACUUAUUUUAAGAAGGGGCGUGUCCAUCGAGCACGUGUGCCACUCGAUCCACCGCUCGCUGGCGGCGCAGCUGAAGUACGCGCUGGUGUGGGGCACGAGCACCAAGUACUCCCCGCAGCGCGUGGGGCUGGCGCACGCCGUGCACGACCAGGACGUCGUGCAGCUCAUCAAGAAGUAGUGCACACUCUUACGGAUACUUUUAGUUCAUUUCAUUUUAUUUGUAAGUGGAAAGCUAACCGGCGACUCGCUGACUAGAUGGUAAGUGUUCACCAUCGUCCAUAGACAUAAUUGGCACUGAGAAAUAUUAAUUAUUCUGUACACCACUUGAGCGCCGACAACUGAAGUAUCUAAGAUGUUACUUCUCAUGUGGCUGUAACUAUAAUUGCUUGCUCAUUUUAAUAGCUAAGAAGGGGGCGAUACCGACCUUGAUGAAAUUUCACAAAGACCCAAAUUGAUAAUAAACAUUUUAAAAAUUAGUUUCUAUAUCAAUUGAAAUGUCAGUAUGAUAUUUUAUUACAUCCUUCGAAGUCAUGUCAAAAUAUUACGUUUUUCAUUUUUUUUUAUCUAUAAAACUUAACCCUUGCUGUUUUUAUAUGUACCAAAUACAUAAGAGGUGACCACUCAAAACUAGAAUAUCUCAAGUACUUUAAGUGUACUGCAAACCGUCUUGUGUCCAUGAUACCUAUUUGCCAUAAUUAUAUGGAAACAAACAACUUAAUAAAAUUGAUCAUUGUAAAUUAUUUGUUUUAGCGUGUACAGAUUGACUUCAUGCGUAAAUAUAUAUACAACGUAAUAUAUAUAAAACUGAAACAUUUUUGUCACAGGUUUUCAAAUGUGAUUCACAAGUUAUAAAAAACGGCAUUAAUCUUAAAUAGUGAUGUCCACUAAGCCUACAAAAUAUGAAAUACUUUACAGGUCAAACUCUAGCAAUAUUGUACACCAGUAAAAUAUAAAGAAAAUGUCAACUAUGUAUGUACUUGAUUUCCAAAUAUCAGGGGGUAUUAACUAAAUUAAUUAAUCAUUUUUUUUGUUAUUUUAUGCAUGCUUAUAUAUAUAUAUAUAUUUCAGCUAUUUUGCAAUGUGUAUCCGAAAUGAAUUAUUUGGUACAUUGCAUAUUUUUCACAUGUAUACCGAAUUAUAACACAACUCAAUGGACAGUAUAUACUAAGAGUUACAUUUAGUAAUAAUAAUUCAAUAAAAAAUCAAUAGAAUGGUUAACAUGGGUUAAGAGCAGUGUAUCAUUUUUCUCUUUUGAUGUAUAAAUAAAGACAUGAUGCCUUUAUACAGGUGUAUUUUAAAACUCCUGUUAACCAGAUCACGAUUGAUAUAUACAUGAACUGUUGCAAUAAAAUUAUUUAUUAAAUUUUUAUAAUGCAUUUUAUUUGUUUGA